AAACAUCAAACCAAAUAUUUUUACUUUCUUAUUAUUUUACAUACAAAUCACACCGUCCCGCAUUUUUUGGAUUGAGACCUUACAAUUUAUCUUAUUUAUAAGUGUUCAUAAUUUUUUUUAAAGAUAAUUUUAUUGGAAAUACGUCGUAAUCGUAUAUUAAAUACUAUCUCUUAGGAUAAACACGUUGUAGUACCUAACAGAAUACAACCUCUGUUCAUUAAUAGUCAUGAUUUUUAUAUAUUAAUAAAUGCACGUUUCAAACGAGCCGUGCGAGCUCUGCUGCCAGUGAAAAUGAACGAACACCGAGCAGGCCCGUGAAUCUGAAGUUGUCGUAGUAAGUGCACUGAGGUAGAAGGGUAGUCUCGUAAUUAACACAUAACUAAGGGGUAUUCCAAGCAUUCUCUUUGACCCCUCCACCGUCUAUCGUAUUUGUCCCCUUUUACCCACCGCUUCUUGCUGCUUCGUUUAAAUACACUACGCAAGUAGUGAAAACUUAUUUUAUGCUUAGCUCCAAAGUAAUCAUAAUAUAAAUAAAUAAAUAUAAAACUACACGUACAUUAUGGUUUGCACCCUUAGCAAACUCAAUACGGCCACAACAACCGACGAAUCGGGUGGCGCCGCUACAAUCUCCGCCUUGCAUCAAGAUAUUAUCCUAACGCAUAUCCUCACGUGCCUCGACGGUCCAUCACUCGCUUCCGCAUCAAGCACGUGCUCUCAACUUAAUACCCUCUCAUCGCACGAACAUUUGUGGUCCAACAUUUGCCAUUCCACGUGGCCUUCCACAACCACGCCACGCGUCCGCCACGUCAUCUCCACAUUCCCUCUCACCUCUCGCUCUUUCUUCUCGGAUUCUUUCUCAACCGUAACCGUUCACGGAAACCACCACCACCACCGCGUGAAUCUCGAAAACACGCCGGAAAUUUUAUCCGCCGUCGAUUUAUUCCACCGGCGGAGAAUCAUCCUAUCAAAGGUGGUGGAGACUGAGACGGGAUCCGGAUGGUUCCGGUGCUCGCCGUUUCGGGUUGACAUUCUCGAUCCGAAGGAUUCGGUUGAAACCGGUAUGGAUUACCCGAUAAAUGACGAUGAAGCGUGUAGGAAUCUCGAGGAGGAAUUGAGAUUGAGUUGGAUUGUGAUUGAUCCCAGAGGAAAACGUGCAAUUAACGUUUCGAGUGGGAAACCGGUAUCGGUGAACCGGCACUGGUUAACCGGAGAGAUUCAUGCGAUAUUUGCGACGGUGUUACACGGCGGAGAGAGGGGAUCGGCGAGGGAAUUUGCGGUUUGUAAUUUAUUGGUGACGUUGGGAGGGGAAAUGAAAGUGAGAGAAGCGUGUUUUCAGAUAGAGGAUAUGGAUGGGAUUCUAUUAAAUGGGAGGGAUAGUUUGGGGAUUUUACAGAGGGGUUUGGUGGGUGGAAGAAAAAGAUUGAGGAGCGAAAUGGAAGGAAGGGAAAUGUAUGUGGAAUUUGUGAAGAAGAAGAUGGAGAGGAAAGAAAGGAAGUUGAGAAGUGAAAGAAGGUUGGAUAUGCUUUGCGUCGUUAUCGCUGCUUUCUCUGUUGUGGCUUUUUCCAUUCUCUUUCUUUCAUGAUUUGAAUAUAGUAUACUAAUAUUAUUAUGUUAUAUCUUCCUGUUGCAAAUACAAACAACACUCAACACUCGUUGAAAUUGAACCAAAAGGGAAGUUUAGUUGUAAUUAUAGAAAACGAUAGAGAAGUGUUUGGUUACUAAUAAGUCAUAGGAUGUACACUAAGUUGAAUCUUAAUUGACCUUUUAAGAUUCUCAUUAUUUUACCCCCAGUUGUUUUGACAACGCACAUUAUAAUUUUUUUUAAAUCAUUAUAUUAAGGUGACACUAAUUGUAAAAUAA